AGGAAAGGGAGCAAGAGUCCCGCCCUUCAGUUGUGUUUAAAUGUGAAGCGGAAAAUUAUCUCCGUGGCUCAGGGGAGGGAAAAGGAGAUUCUAGUGUUAGAUGAGCGGGUUUACCGUGCUUUAAAUCAUAGUCAAGCUCUCUCUCUCUCUUUCUCUCUCGCUCGCUCUCUCUCGCUGUGUAGCUCUCUCUAUCUGUUUGUUAUAUAGUGUCUCUGACUUGAGCUUCAAGCUUCAAAGUGAGUGGAAAGCUGAGAGAAUUCAGGAAAACGAUACCUGGAUGCAGGAAUAUCUGGACACCUCACAAUGGAUGGAUUGAGGACAAAGUGUUAAGUUCUCCAGCGGUUGCUCUGAAUGAUACAGAGGAGUGUUGGGAUGUCGUGGUUGUUGUUGUUGUGGGUCAGUCUGACAGUCCUGCUCAUGAGUGAGGGCACUUUCUAUGAGACCAUACAGCAGCACCUGGCCCCGCCCGGAACUAACAUACAGAUCCUGGAAGGAGGGACAUGCGAGGUGAUUGCGGCGCACAGGUGCUGUAACAAAAACAAGAUUGAGGAGAGAUCUCAGACGGUGAAGUGCUCCUGUUUACCGGGGAAAGUGGCAGGGACCACCAGGAAUAGACCCUCUUGUGUUGAUGCCUCUAUAGUGAUUGGGAAGUGGUGGUGCGAGAUGGAGCCGUGUCUGGAGGGAGAAGAGUGCAAGACUUUACCAGACAACUCCGGCUGGAUGUGCUACUCCGGGAACAAGAUCAAAACCACCAGGAAUACGCACCCAUACCCAUCCUUGUAGCAUGAAAGGUUCACUGCAAAGCUCAUGUUGGAGGAUUUUAACAAAGGAAACAUUCAAGAUGACUUGCUGAAUGAAGUUAUUCAACCUCUAAAGCAACAGUCUCAUAUGACAUGAUAUGAAGAGGUCCUCUGCUCAAAAGUCCAUCCGUCUCUUAUUCUGACAAACAUGGACACAAGACUUUCUGAGAAAACCUCUUGGGGUGGUGAACACUGCUGGUUCAUUAUAUUGUUUUUGUUUGACAACCGUCAAAUAUUUGUUUUGCCCUGUGAGUUUUGGAUAAUUAAACUCGUAUCCCUUUGUGUGGAGUGCACUCAAACCAGCUUUACUUAGCUUGAAAUAAUCUUCAACUGUAAGAUCCUUGGAUGCUCUCCGGUCUCCAAAAGGGACCGAACAAAUGACUUCUCCUGCUGUAUGUAAUAAUAUCAACUUUCCAUUUAUGUGGAUGGCAAACAGGAUGAUUUUUAAGUGGGGUUGAUUGAUGCUCAUCAACUAAGGACACUUGGCACAUCAGCUGUAUUAAAAAAGCUAACGGUCGCCUGAACUUGGAAUUACUGAUCCUGUCCAGUCCUUCUUCCAUGGAUGUCUCUUUGUUUCUUUCUCACAGUAAGAGACUUGAGAGUGAAUUGAUAUGAUGUAAUAAUAAAAAACCAAAUGAGUCUUCGGCAUGAUUACAGUGUGGAAAGCUGUGAAAUUAGGUGAAAGAAAUGUUUUAAAAAAAUAAAACGAAUUCAAAACAGGUGAGCAUUAUGUGAAAAUUGCAUUUGAUUGUUGUGUUUGCAAAGAGUGUGAAAAGCAAUGAAUGAGAAAAUACUCAAGAGGCUUAUUUACAUAUUCCCAUUUGUUUUGUAUUGUGUGUGGCUUUUGUUAUAUUUUGACAAAUUGAGCAAUCAGGGCUUAACUGAAGUGUUAUGAAAAUGAACGUCUAAUGAAAAACUAAUAGACCAUCGCUUUGGUAAUAGUAAUAUUUAACAUUUACAUUUACAUUUAAGCACUGUGGAUCUAUUACUGAAGUUAAUGAAGCCUGAUUGAAAUAUGCUGGGGCAUGCACAUAUAAAAUACCAUGACAUUUAAAUAUCCUAAAUCAAAUUCAUUUCCCAUUGUUCAUUAAAUUGAUAAAGACCUAUUAAGAUCAUGUAUAUUGGGUCUCC